AUGCAGAUCUUCGUUAAAACCCUAACGGGUAAAACGAUCACCCUUGAGGUCGAAGCUUCUGACACCAUCGAGAAUGUCAAGGCUAAGAUCCAGGACAAGGAGGGAAUUCCCCCAGGAACGAGUCUGAAAAAGGAUUUUCGAUUCGAUACACUUCUUGGAAGGGGAGACCUGAGGAUCGGUCCGGGUUGCAAUUGUUUUGUCCACGAGCAACGAUUAAUCUUCGCUGGUAAACAGCUUGAGGAUGGUCGAACUCUUUCUGACUACAACAUCCAGAAGGAGUCCACCCUUCACCUUGUGCUCCGACUUCGAGGUGGUGGUAAGAAGCGAAAGAAGAAGGUCUACACCACCCCCAAGAAGAACAAGCAUAAGAGAAAGAAGGAGAAGCUCCGAGUUCUCAAAUACUACAAGGUCGACGACAACGGCAAGGUCACUCGACUCCGCAAGGAAUGCCCUGUCGCCGGCCCCGGUUGCUUCAUGGCCAACCACAAGGACCGAUAUUACUCCGGUAAGAACGGCCACACCAUCUUCAUCGACAAGUCCAAGAAGUAA